UAUCAUCGUGAAUCUGCAGAAAUGAUUAAAAAUCCGAAUAUUCCAAGACAAAUUGAUAUUAAUUAUGAAUGGAUAGAACAUAAACAUCCUAUAUUGCUUAAAACGUCCGUUGUUAAUUUCGUGCUUUAUUGCUUGAAAGUGUUGGGAAGCUGAACGUAAAGCUGCACAUAAUAGUAAUGAACGAACAUUACAAAAGAUUGGAAAGAUUUUUAAAAAUUCACAUGAUUUUACAACAAAUUUUAAUUUCAAAUAAUUAUGAUUUUCAAUAAAUUUUAA